AUGGCGGCUCAACUUGAUCGGGACACGAAGAUCGUCGGGGCGGCACUUGCGGAGGUGCUACCCCAGACGCAAAAAUACUGGUUCCAGCAAGCUCAUCUGAUCCGGUUGAACUUGUUGCUUCUCAUCCCCCUGCUGUCUAGCUCUGUCUCCGGAUACGAUGGCUCCUUGAUGAACGGCCUGCAGUCGUUACAGCAAUGGAAGGAAUACUUUGGAAACCCCCAGGGCUCGAGGCUGGGUCUUGUUAAUGCAGCUCAGUCUAUCGGAUCUGUAGCUGCAUUGCCCUUUGUGGGCAUGCUUUCCGACAAGUUUGGCCGAAAACCCGUCCUGCUGGCUGGCAUAAUUUGGAUAUGCAUUGCCGGAGCUAUCCAAGCGGCUGCUGUCGACUAUGCCAUGUUUGUCAUUGCCAGAGUCAUUGUCGGCUUUGGGGGCAUGUUUGUAGUUCAGCCGAGCCCCAUGCUUAUUGCAGAAAUGGCAUAUCCAACCCACCGUGGCAAGUACACGUCAGCCUUUUGGACACUAUACUACCUCGGGGCCAUUCUGGCAUCUUGGACUACCUUUGGGGUGCAAGAUAUUCUUGGCACGGCGUCUUGGCGAAUACCUUCGGCAUUGCAGGCCGGGUUUCCCCUGGUUCAACUUGUGUUUUACUAUUGGGUUCCAGAGUCACCGAGAUGGCUAGUUGCUCAGGGCCGUAUUCAAGAAGCUGGAGACUUGCUAAAGCAAUACCAUGACCCUUACACUGAGAACAGCCCGCUUGUGAGCCUCGAGUUGGCAGAGAUUAGUCAAUCGAUCCAGAACGAGAGGGAAUCCGAGUCAACGAGCUGGGCUUCUUUAUUCAAAACGCCGGGAAACAGAAAGAGAACCUUCAUUGCUGUUUGCACUGGCGCCUUUGCGCAGUGGAAUGGAAUCGGUGUGGUGUCCUACUAUCUCACCCUUGUCCUGGACACGGUUGGCAUCAAAGAUACCUUUGACCAAACUCUUAUCAAUGGCCUCCUUCAAAUCUUCAAUUUUGCCGCCGCCCUUGGUGCCGCAUUCUUGGUUGAUAGACUUGGUCGCCGCACACUGUUCCUAUGGUCUGGAAUUGGCAUGCUGGUGUCUUACGCCAUAUGGACUGCAUGCUCUGCCGUCAACUCCGACACUGGAUCACGCGCGGCAGGUAUCGUAGUGGUGGUGUGCUUAUUCACGUACUACUUCCAUUAUGAUAUCGCUUGGACCCCCUUGCUGUUUGGGUAUCCCACCGAGAUCUUCCCAUACUCGUUACGCUCAAAGGGUAUCGCCUUGGAACUGUUUUCCAUCUACGGGUCUCUUAUCAUUGCGGCAUUCGUCAAUCCCAUUGGUCUGGAGAACAUGGGGUGGAAGUACUACAUUAUUUUCUGCUGCCUUUUGGUUGUAUUCUUCCUCGUCACAUACUUCAUGUUUCCCGAGACUAAAGGCUACAGCUUGGAGGAAAUUGCUGAGAUUUUUGAUGGCAAGCAAGUCUUGGACUUUGAGAGAGCUGGCAGCGGAGAUAAGCUGGGACCUACAACGACUCUGCGAGCUUCGCAUCACGAACACAAGUAG